UGGCGCUAUGAACUUCCCAAUGGUCUAAUUCUACCGGCAAACACAUUGCUAUCCAAGUUCGUGUCGAAUUAGCAGCUCCUUAAUGGACGGUCUUUCUGUGGGACUGUGCUCCAAAGAGUUGAUGUUUGUUUGCCUGCCGUACUGUUCAACCGGUUAGGUGAUAAGAAACGUGUCAAUUUGCAGCUCGCGCAAACGUCUUGACCGGCGCAGUGUUUGAUGACCGAUGGGCAAACAUUCCGGUUGGUUGCGGUCUACUCUUCAGACCACCAAGACGGCGGUUGAUUAAUCGUUUAUCGGUCCCGUCUGGGAUGACCAUCGCCAACGGGAAGCCGUUAUCUCCUUUGCCGGUAGAGUACCGCAACCAAGAGAUAAGCAUGCAACAUCAGGUACUGAUUGGAAUGCUCUGUGUCGCCAAAUCAAUGCGAAAUGUGGUUUUGCAGUGUCUUCUGGGGUGGCCUCAAGCACCGAUUAGCUGGCAAUUAGAUGGAUUAGCACGAUAUCGGAGAGCGUCGCUAUGAUGUAAAGAUAUUCUAGACACGUAUCAAUCUGCUCGAACACAUGUCUUGAACGUUUUUGUUUAGCUUCUUGAGGUGCGUUUCAAUGUGUUUGUAAGCACUGUCUUGAGUGUUACAAAACUGGAUAAACAUUGACUCAUCGGUAGUAUCGGCUUGAAAUGCAACGUUCAUUUUUGUUUUGUUGUAAAAUGACGCUACCAGGUGUGAUAGACGACCCUUAGUACCGAGUACCAGCGUCUUUUCGCAAUCUUAUCGAGCUCCUCACAUUAUCGAUUACUCACCAAAUUGUGAUAACGAUACGAGGUUUGUCAGCCGAACUCACCCGGAACAGUACGCAGGGCCAGUCGUUUGUUUGCUGCGUUUGAAAGAAGAAGCGCCGGAGCGUCUAAGACACACAGGUUCCGGCAUGGGGCCUGCUUCCGAAACCAUACCGAUCGAUGCAAGGAGAGACUCUAGCACGAACCGUGUACUUCGCCCGGGAGUGAAUCGAAAGUAUCGCAAGCGCGCCAUCUUGAAGAACGGAGACUGCAAUGUGGUGCUAUCGCGACCACCCCGGCAACAUUUGCGCUUUUUGCAGGACAUCUUCACCACGCUGGUCGAUGCGCAGUGGCGUUGGACGUUGCUCGUGUUUGCGUUCAGCUUUGUCGGGUCGUGGCUGUUCUUCGCCGUCAUCUGGUGGCUGAUUUCGUACACGCACGGUGACCUUGAGGAGUUACAUCUGCCCGAUAACCAGUCUGAAAUCGGAUGGAUCCCGUGCGUGUACAACAUCUACUCGUUCACGUCGGCGUUCUUGUUUUCGAUCGAAACGCAGCACACGAUCGGGUACGGUGUGCGCACCACGACGGAGGAGUGUCCGGAAGCCAUCUUCGUAAUGUGCUUCCAGUCGAUCUACGGUCUCAUGAUACAGGCGUUCAUGGUUGGCAUAGUGUUCGCGAAGAUGACGCGUCCGAAGCAGCGCAGCCAGACGCUGCUGUUUUCGAAAAAUGCCGUCGUCUGCCAGCGCGAUGGUGAGCUGUGUCUGAUGUUCCGCGUGGGGGAUAUGCGCAAGAGUCACAUUAUCGGUGCGUCCGUGCGAGCGCAGCUGAUAAGAACGAAGACGACGCGCGAAGGAGAAACGAUGGCCCAGUAUCAGCACGAGCUGGACGUGGGCUCGGACGGCAGCUCGUCGGAGCUGUUCUUCAUCUGGCCCCAGAUUGUGGUGCAUCGGAUCGAUAAGAACUCGGCACUGUACAACAUGUCGGCGUCGGAUAUGCUGCGCGAGCGGUUCGAGGUCGUCGUCAUUCUGGAGGGUACAGUGGAGUCGACGGGCCAAUCGACACAGGCACGGUCGAGCUACGUCAACACGGAAAUUCUGUGGGGUCAUCGGUUCGAGCCGGUGGUGUGCUACAACAGAGAACAGCAGGGAUAUGAAAUCAACUACAGCAAGUUUGACUCAACGCUGCAGGUCGACACACCGCUCUGUUCGGCCCGAGAGCUGGCCGAGUUUUAUCGAGCGCAGGACGACUAUCGCCCACCGACCGAUGUUGGCGAUAAUAUGUCCACGAAGACGCAGCUCGAGCGCCGUUGGAAGGAUCACUACAGCACGAUAGUGAACACGCUCAGCCAGUACCAUCUCGCGGAUGAAGCGGGCGUCGGCGGUGGCACAGAUCAUCUCUAUCCUACGCGCUACCUCACGAUACAGGGCGUUCCGCGGCGAAGGAAAUCGUACGUCGCGCUGCAAAACAAUCUGUGGAACUUGUUCGACCGUCCCCCGAAUCCACGGCUAAAGAUAACGUCUAAGGAGGACGGUGCCGGCAGUCCACGGCGAGUGUCGGACGAUGAUCCGAUCGUGAACAGUGUGACGGUGCAGAAUAUCAACGAACGGUUCACAGCUGGUGGAGGUGGAGCAUAAGUGCUGGAGGUGUUCGUGCGUUACAAAGAUCUGGUUUUAGGUUCGAUGUGGCUCUUUGCCGUCUGGAGUGUGGCGGGUUUGCAGUGUACUUACGUUUAAGUGUGUAGUAGUAGCCGGUUGAACCAGUUAGCUUUAGUGUACGAAUUCCAGCUUGCAAUGGGAGAUGAAAUAAAAUUACUCUUUUAUUUAUCACUGCAA